AUGACAAUACCAACUAGCUGUCUAGUCCAGCAAAGCCGUGAGGAACGACUGCGUCGAGAGCGUGAACGUCUAGAAAAUGAGGCUGCCCUUCGAAUACAGUCAUUUAUUCGCGGUUGCCUUGGCAGAUCUACGGCCGUAAGUACCAAAUGCUAUCGAGCCAUCACCAAUUGGUGUAAUCUCAGUCUAAGAUGCAGGAUUCGUGCUAUUUUUGAUCAAACUCAUACAGAAUUGAGUCAAACACCAACAAAGGGUUGCAUAAUCCAUUUGAAAUGCUUAUUGCGUUCCUUCAACCUUUUUUUCCGGUCAGAUAUUGAUAAAGCUCGACUU